UUGUGUCGUGUGGUUGUGUCUGGGUCGUGUCGUUGAAAAGUCGUUGUGUGUAAAAACGUCCAUUGGUGCAAUGGAGAAACAGCAGCAUACAGCAUUUUCGUAUCCAGUUUCAGUGUGUUUCAGUUCAGUUUUAGUUCAGUCACUCUCCACCCUCCACUCAAUAUCAUUCAUUCGUACCCCUUUACGUAAAUUUUACCAGCUGCACAUGAGUGUCAGUGAAAACCUUAUUAUAAGUUAAACCCUAUCAGUAAAGUAUAAUUGGAAUAACUUGUGGUUCCUUUUUCGGUUGUAUUUUAAUGUGAUUAUUACAAAACUCUAGUGUACUACAAUGGAUACCGAGAGAUCGUCACUGAUUAAAUGGUCAAUUGUGAUCGGCACACCAGUUGUUGCAGUUGCGGGUUAUUGGUACUACGUUAACAAAUAUAGUAUUGUUGAUGACUCCAAAAAGAAAGGAGGUGCUAAAUCUACAUCAACUGUUUCAACUUCACCCACAACGCCCGUUGUUAUAGAAAAUGAAAUCGAAGAAAAGCCUGCAAAGAAAUUGUCACCGUUAGAACGAGCGAUUUCGUUGAAAAACUCUGGGAAUGCACUCUUCAGAGAAAGAAAGUAUGAAGAUGCCAUAAAAUGCUAUACUGAAGCAAUUGAUGUUUGUCCAGAAAAUGAUACUGCAAACCUUGCAACAUUCUAUCAGAACAGAGCUGCUGCAUAUGAGCAAAUUAGAAACUUCGAAGGUGUUGUAGCGGACUGCACUAAGGCGUUGAGUUACGACCCGAAGUAUGUGAAAGCUUUCAACAGACGGGCCAAAGCGCAUGAGCAGUUGGAUAAUCUCAAAAGCAGCCUGGAAGACGUGACAGCCUGUUGCAUCCUUGAACAGUUCCAAAAUCAGAACAGCAUGACCGCAGCUGACAGGAUUCUUACUAAAUUGGGAAAGAAACUCGCCCAAGAGGCAUUGCCCAAUAAGAGGCCGGCGAAGUUGUCGAAGCAUGUCGUCAAGCGAUAUUUCUGUGCUUUCAGUAACGAUCCUAUCAUGAAUUCCUUGAAUAACGAUGAACCUGAUUAUUUAAUCUAUGCAGUCGAAGAGCAACAGCUGAGAGGCUUGGCGAAAGCGAAGAGACUUUUCCAAAAGGAGAUGUUCGAUGAGGUGCUCGACGCUUGCACCGAAGAGUUGAAGAUUUCAGCACCAACCAGCAAGACAGCUCACGAGGCUCUCCUCUUCCGUGGCACCAUGUAUUUCCUAGUUGGCAACCAGAAUAAAUCAUUGGAAGACUUCACAACGAUCAUUGAUGGAAAUUGCAACGAUGUCAAGAUAAAAGUGAACGCGUUGAUCAAGAGAGCAGCGAUCCACGUGCAAAUCGAGACUCCAGACCUGCUGAGCGCCCUGGAAAUCAACAACAAGAGGUGCGAUACUUUGCCACAGAAAUGCCUGGCCGACUUCUCCGAAGCUGAGACCUUGGAUCCCAACAACUCCGAUGUAUAUCAUCACAGGGGACAGGUGUAUUUGCUAAUGGAAAGAAUGGAGGAGGCCCGAGAAUGCUUCCAGAAAUCUCUGCAGAAAACUCCUGGGUUUCCGAUAGUGAAAGCACAAUUGUAUUACGUCGAUUACAAGCUGGCAGCUGAUAGGGGCGACAUGGCAAGCAUAUCCCGCUCCAUUGAGGGGCUCACCCAAGUUAUGAGGGAGCGUCCAGACUGUGUUGAAGCUCACAACAUUCUUAUCCAGGUUUGCAACAGCCAGAGGGACUUUUCUAGAGCUGGUGACUUGUACGAGAAGUUGAUUAAAGAUCAUCCGGACAAUACAACUGCUAGAGUUCAAAGAGCUCUAUUCCAUCUGCAAGUUCACGGAGACGUAGAAAAGGCAAUUAAAUUCAUCGAAGAAGCCAUCGAAUUAGAUGAAAACUUGGAACUGGCUUAUGAAACAUUAGCUCAGAUAGAAAUUCAGCGAUGCAAUUUGAAUAGAGCAAUGGAGCUUUUCAACAAAGGACUGGAACUGGCGAAGAAUGAGCGCGAAAUGGCUCACCUGUACUCGCUUAGAGCUGCAGCUGAUGCUCAGACGGUGGUUGCACGCCGCUUGGGGUUGGACGUCCUACUUCGCCAGUAAUAUUCAAAAUUGAAUUCGAAUUUAUAGUGCGUCUAUGUAUGUAAACGCGCACUAUUCAAAGUAAACUAGUUUUAAGGCCUUCUUAUGCACUAGACCCUUUCACUCUUUAAUUCUGGACUCCUGUGCAAAGCACACGUAGGACGCAGGUAGCAAGCCAGUCUACAUCCAUCCAGAAAGGGCUAAAUUAAUGUUGUCCUUAUUACAAACUGAAGGGCAAAAUUGAUGUUUAUCCUCAUUACAAACUAGAUGUUGUUAUUGAUGUUUAAAAUCAAUCGUACACAACUCCUAAAUUCUCAUUUUGCUUUACCAUCUACCAUCCACUCUUUGGUUGUGUUGAUGUUUAACGUCAACUCUUACCUGUUCUACUCUAGUGCAAAAGUUGAAUAUCCUGAAUAUAAUUCAAUUUUUGAAUUUAGUAGCCGGUUUACUACUUGGAGAAUUUCAGUUUUGUUACCAUUUGAAAAUAAUGAUUGCAUUUACCAUGUACAUUCUUUUAUUUUGUAUCAUAUAAUUUUGUGAAAAUUUCCGUCACAAAAUCUCUUCUCAAAUCAAUAUUGCAAAUCUAAAUGCGAAGUAUGGCCAAGACUUACAAUCUUUGGUCCAAGACUUACAUUUGAGUUGAAUUCUUGAUUUGUUCAAGAAUUAUUUUAUGGUUUGAGUGAUGAAACUAGUUUUUGAAAAGAAAUUAAAAUCUAUGAUCAAACUAGAAAGGAAUUUUGCAAAAGUUUACUCAGUGGCUGAAUAUACUGUAUAUGUUACUAUUUGCAAAUUAUUGAUGUUUUUAAAAGUUAUCUGAAAAUGUAAGUUGAUUUAAACUAUUCAUCAAUUUUACUUCGAGAAACUAAAUAUCAGUUUUACAUUGAUUCUAUUGCAUUUGAAUGAUAAAUUGAUAAUAAAAAUAUUAUGCAACUAAAAGCUAAUUAUUAUGAGAGUAAUAUUGUUGCAAAAUGCACGAUUUUCAACUUUGAGAUUGUCAUUGAAAUCUGCAUUUCAUGUUAUUUGCGCUCGUACCAUCCUUCAACUGCCAUUUGGUUCAAUGGAAAGUUUUCACUCUCACACAAAAUGUCACAACUUUUACGCACUGCUCUAACAUUACUUGUUUCUUGGACAAAUAGGUUUUUUAAUUGAAAUUGGAAGUAAAUUUCCAAAUCUUGAAAAGUUCUGAAAUGGAGAACUCUGCUUUUACUCAUUAAUUCAAGCAUUAUUAUAUGUAUAUUUUGUUCACAAUGUUGAAUUGUUAUUGUUAUAUAUUUUAUACUCAUUUCUUGAAUAUUCGAAUACUGUCGAAAACCAUUUUUGUAAGAAAAAUUGUUUGUGAAAUGCUAUUAAAAAAUCAUUUUAAUUAAAGACAUAUGUGGAUCGUCACAAUUGUUUUUGAAGGCAUAGAAUUGUAUCUUAGUAGAAAAACUAUUCGACAAAUUGAUUAUGUGUCACAAAAUGUUAAUAAAAAUCUAUUCUAUUUCCAAUAAUUCA